GCCGCCAGUCGCGCUUUGACAGAGUAAGAGCGAGAGCUCGCAUCGCCCGAGAGGAAGGACGCCGGCCAGCGGAUAAUCGGUUCACGAUGUGGUUCCUCGUCGUGGGCCUGUUCGCCGUCACGGCGCUGCUGCUCUACCUGGACAGCCGCAAGCCCAGGGGAUUCCCACCGGGCCCCGACUGGCUGCCCAUCCUGGGCUCUGCGCGCGAGCUGACGCAGCUUCGCAAGGAGACGGGGUACCUGUACGUGGCUUGCGACCAGCUGGCCAAGAAGUACGGGCCCCUGGUCGGGCUGCGCGUCGGCAAGGACAGGCAGGUGAUCGUCAGCGGGUAUGAGGCCAUCAAGGAGAUGUCCAGCAGGGACGAGUUCGACGGCAAGCCCCGGGGCCCGCUCUACGAGACCAGGACCUUCAACAUGCGGAGAGGGCUCCUCCUGACGGACUCGGACUUCUGGGUGGAGCAGCGCCGCUUCGUGCUUCGCCAGCUCCGUGAGUUCGGCUUCGGCCGCCGCACCAUGGGGGCGCUGGUCCAGGACGAGGCCGGCGAGCUGGCGCGCUCCUUCGACGUCAUGCUGCAGAAGAAGCCCGAGGGCGUGAUCAGGCCCAUGCACGACGCGUUCGGGCUGUACGUGCUCAACACGCUGUGGACCAUGCUGGCCAGCGUGCGCUACACCCCCGAGGACACGGAGCUGGUGACGCUGCAGGCCCUGCUCAACGACAUGUUCACGCGGCUGGACAUGGCGGGGGCGCUCUUCUCCCAGUUCCCCCUCCUGCAGUACGUCGCGCCCGACUUCUCCGGCUACACCGAGUUCGUCACCAUCCACCAGCGGCUCUGGAAGUUCCUGCGAGUGGAGAUCGACCGCCACAUCGAAACCUACGACCCCAACGAGAUGCGCGACUUCAUGGACGUGUACAUCAAGAGCAUCAAGGAGACGGCGGGCGACCCCAAGAGCAGCUUCUCAGAGCUGCAGCUGCUGGCCAUCUGCAUGGACAUGUUCAUGGCGGGCUCGGAGACGACCAGCAAGUCGCUUGGCUUCGGCUUCCUGUACCUGCUCCGCCACCCCGAGGUGCAGCAGCGAGUGCAGGCGGAGAUCGACGCCGUGGUGGGCCGCGAGAGGCCGCUCGAGUUGUCGGACAGGCCCAACUUGCCGUACACGGACGCGGUGGCGCUCGAGUCCAUCCGCAUGUUCAUGGGGCGCACGUUCGGCGUGCCGCACCGCGCCGUCAAGGACACGUACCUCAUGGGCCACUUCAUCCCCAAGGAGACCAUGAUGGUGGUCAACAUCCCGUCCGUGCUCAUGGACAAGAGCGUGUGGGGCGACCCGGAGAACUUCCGGCCCGACCGCUUCCUCAAGAACGGCAAGGUGGUCAUCCCCGACGAGUACCUGCCCUUCGGCUACGGCAAACACCGCUGCCUCGGCGAGACCCUGGCCCGCUCCAACGUGUUCAUGUUCACGGCUGCGCUGCUGCAGAAGUUCGACUUCCGGGUGCCGCCCGGCGAGGCCCCGCCCUCCACGCAGUGCGUCGACGGCGUCACCGCGGCCACCGUGCCCUACAACGCCCUCGUCACGUAUAGGGCGUAGGGCGCGUGCAGGGCGCGUGCAGGGCGCGGGGCGUGUGUCCCAACCAGUGUGGUGCCAUGAGGAUAGGAGGAAACUUAUAGUCCUCAACUCAUUUUGACUGAUGUUAGGAGAGAAGGGAGUGAAGUAAGUAAAGGAAAGCGGGUGUUUUUGAUCAAUUUGUAUUUACAGCUGUUUUGGUCCAACCUAUGUGCUGAUGGCUAUGGCUCCUUUCAAACAAAGCUAAAAACAGAUGGAAAGGAUACAGCCAGGGUAAAAUUUCAUGAAAAACUAUCCAGCAAAAUGAGAAAGAAACACAGGGACUGAUAGUACAAACAGAUUACGGUCAUAAUUUUUUGUUUGUUCAAGUGUUUGUUAUACCAAUUUGUUCUUGUUAAACUUUGUUGAAUAAUCUUAACUUAGAGUGGAUUGGAAGCCAUUCAAUCUUAUUUAAUGUUUCUGUUGUUACUUUUAAACGAAUAAAAACUCAAACAAGACUUAUAGAAUGCAUAAGCAACGUAAAUGUAAUAUUGCUGCUUUCUCUUUUACAAAGGGUAAUAUGGCAAAUAAAACAUUUUUUGACAUUUGUAAAAACA